CCGCAGAGUCCGAGUGAGCAGCUGAAAGUCAGCUUUAUUUCAAAUUUAAAUGUAAUCUGAUUUAUUCAGUAUUUAAAGUCAGGCUCUGUUAUUGACUGAAAACAGCGACAGACUCAGACAUUUAGAACAAACUAAGAGUCGGAUCAGCACAAAUACUGACACAGAGAUGGCUGCUGGCACUGCGCUGCUCUGCUCCUCUUUGCUGUUUGUCCAUGUCUUCGUCCCUGCAGUUGCUGGUCUGUCUGUGUAUCCACCCUGCUUCAUCCGCGUGUUUCCCUGCUGCCAACCGUCAUCUGUUUUCUGCUCGCUGUUAUUCGUGUUCAGAGCCUAAGAUCAUUACAGCAAAGUCUGGACAGGACGUCACUCUGACAUGUCGAGCUCCAAAUAUCAGCAUCACAGGUGUAAAGUGGAGCAGAAAUCACCUGGAGCCAGAAAAUAUCUUUUUGUACCAGGAUGGUCGCUUUGAUCCAGACAACCAGCAUCCAUUUUUUAAGAACCGGGUGGAUCUGCAGGACAGACAGAUGAAGGAUGGAGACGUGUCUUUGAUUCUGAAGGAUGUGACGAUUAUUGACACUGGAACAUACGAGUGUGGUGUCUUCACAGAAGGAGCAGAUUUAUUGAACCUCAUCACCAUGAUCGACCUGAGUGUUGAUCCUGCAGUUGAGAAAACCAUCACAGCUGAGUUUAGACAGAAGAGUGUCACUCUGACAUGUCGAGCUCCAAACAACAAGAAGAUCACUGGUGUAAAGUGGAUCACAGAUGACCUGAAAUCAGUUCUUUUGUACCAGGAUGGUUACUUUGAUCCAUCCAACCAGCCUCCAUCUUUUAAGAACCGAGUGAAUCUGCGGGACAAACUGAUGAAGGAUGGAGACAUGUCUUUGAUUCUGAAAGAUGUGAUCACUGAUGACACUGGAAGAUAUGUGUGUGCUGUCUUCAUGGAAGAAACAAGCUCAUGGAAGUUCAUCAGCAGCAUCUACCUAAGGGUUUCUCCAGACCAGAAAAUCAUCACAGCUGAGUCUGGACAGGACGUCAUCCUGCCAUGUCGAGCUAGAAAGAACAACAUUGAACAUGUAGAGUGGAAAAGAGCUGACCUGAAGACAGAAAAUGUGUUUUUCCGUAGUUAUUGUGACAUUAUUCUAGAUGGCCAGCAUCCAUCUUUUAAGAACCGGGUGGAUCUGCAGGACAGACAGAUGAAGGAUGGAGACGUGUCUUUGAUUCUGAAAGAUGUGACAAUUAAUGACGCUGGAACAUACGAUUGUGGUGUCUCAAUUGAAGAAGCACACAUAUGGGAUCACAGCACCAUCCACCUUCAUGUUGUUCCUCCAGGUAAAUCAGGAGGAGACAGAGAUGAACUGUGAAUCAGACGAUCUGAGGACAUAAAUGAACUCUCCUGAACAUCCAGCACUGAUUUUGCUUUAUGUAUUCUGAUUCUCUUGUUGUGCUUUGUUGAUUAUUAUUGGUUCUUAGGUUUGGUUCUUAUGCCCUCGUGUUUAGGGUAGGUUUAUUUUAGUGUCAAGUCUGCGUCUUUGUGAAUUGCUUCUUGGUACAUGUCUUAUGUCAGUGUAUUUAGUUUUGCUUUCCCCCAUCUUGUUAGCCCUAAUUUCUUCCAGCUGUGUCUCCUAUUCCCUGAUUACUCCCAUGUAUUUAAGCACUGUGUUUGCCUUUGCCUCUACAUGUGUGGUUUUCCCUCAUGUUCCUGUUUAGUUUUUCUCUUCCAGUGCUUCAGUCCUUGGUUCCUAUGUCCAGAGUUUUGUUUUUUGGUGAGUUUAAUUUAUUAAGAGGUUUUUUUUUUUUUUUCCCCAAUAAUAAAGCUGUACUUUAAGUUUAA